UUUACUGUAGUUCAGUUGCAGAUUUAAUCAACUUCAAGAAGGUUGAAUUGCAAACGCGAAAAGUCAUUGCUUUAAAAAAAUAAAAAUAAAUAAAAUUAAACAAGGAAAACUUGUUACGAGUGCUACAACAUAGUUUCCGUGCCGUUGUCGUUGAGUGAAUCCUGUUCCCGAAUUUGUGGAUUACUUUUUAAAUUUUAUCUAAACAACAAGCUUCAAAAACAAAAUAAUGAUUCUUAUUCAACCAACUCCAGCUCAACGUGUGUCCAUCCGAGAGGAACUUCGUGAACCAGAAAAUCCAGCUGAUAUCGAAAGGGAUGUUGGCCUCAUUCGAGAGUGGCUUCAAACCCAACCCCAUCUCCCCAAGGACAUGGAUGAUGGCCGUCUUCGGACUUUCCUCCGUGGUUGCAAAUUCAGCCUAGAAAAAGUCAAACGCAAGUUAGACAUGUACUACACAAUGAGAAAUGCUGUACCAGAGUUCUUCGCUGAUCGUGAUAUUUCAAAAGAAAAUUUAUCUGUUGUGCUGGACUAUGUACACUGUCCCACUCUACCUGGAUUAACACCCAAUGGCCGUCGUAUUACAUUCAUUCGAGCUAUAGAUUGUGACUUCCAGCCAAGUCAAGUCAAUGAUGCCAUGAAGGUAGCUCUGAUGAUCGGUGAUAUUCGAUUGCUAGAGGAAAAAGUAGGCAUAGCUGGUGACAUCUUUGUUUUAGAUGCUGCAGUAGCAACUCCAUCAAAUUUUGCCAAGUUUUCGCCAUCGGUAGUCAAGAAGUUCUUAAUCGCUGUUCAGGAAGCUUAUCCGGUGAAAGUGAAAGAAGUUCAUGUGAUAAAUAUUUCACCACUCAUCGAUACGAUUAUGAACUUCGUGAAACCAUUUAUUUCUGAAAAAAUUCGCAAUCGAAUUACAUUCCAUAGUGAUAUGGAGAGUUUGUACAAAGUUGUUCCAAAAGAAUUGCUUCCCACCGAAUACGGUGGCAAGGCUGGCAGCAUAACUGAGCUUAAUCAACAAUGGAAACAAAAACUGGCCGAAUACACCCCAUGGUUUAAGGAACAAGAAAAUUCAAAGGCCGAUGAAUCUUUGCGUCCAGGAGCACCAAAAACUCAAGAUGAUCUUUUUGGAGUAGAAGGUACUUUCCGACAGUUGAAUAUCGAUUAGAUAUUUAAAAGAAUACAAACAAUUAUCAAAGUCUGUGUUAAUAAACAAAAUAAAUCGAUCGAAAGGACAAUCUUGCUUAUUUUUGCUAAGCAUUUUCUCAACAAACAAAAACAAAAAGUAUUUAGAGCAAAAAAGAAAAAAACAAAAAUUAUAAAAACACUUAUGGAAUAUUUUAAUCUAGCACAUUUUAAUUUGUAUUUGGAAAAUUUAUUAUUGCACUUGUUUUAUAUUCAAUAAAUUUUAUUGUUUACUUUAA